UAUACACAUCACAUUUUUUUAUCACAUUUUUUUGAAGCUAAGCUAAGAGACAAUCAUCCAAACUCCACUCAUUCUUAAUUUUCUGCCUGCAGCUGCAACAAUAUGAAAAAGCUCAACUUCUUCGAGAAACAAAUUCUUAAUAUAUCAAUAGGAAUAGCUAAAUUUGUUCUGGAGGACAUACCAGCGGGUGUCAAAAAAGAAAAGGAGAAUCUGAUUUCAUUAAGAGAUAGUUUACGUGUUACAGUUGAAGCAACUGAUGAUGAUGAAACUAAAAUGGUCAACGAUGAAGUGUUUGUGUGGCAAAAUGAAACAGAGAUACUAAUACAAGAGGUGGAGAAUAUUAAUACACAAACAGAAGAAACACCACAACAAAAGAAAGAAUGUAACAAAUUGCUGAGAAAAUUAAUGGCACACCAGUAUAACUUUUGUAGGUUUUUCCCAUUAAGUUUAGAGUCCUUUUAUGAAAAUAUUGGGUCACAAUUUGUGUGUUUUAAUUCUAGAGAGAAGGCAUUGAGUCAACUUUUAGUGGCACUGCAAGUUCAUAAGUGCUCUUUGAUUGGAUUGUAUGGUAGGUCAGGCUCAGGUAAAACAACAUUGGUGAAAGCAGUCACUGAAAAACUUAAGAAUAUUAGUGGCCUUAAGGUUUUAUUUGUUAAGGUGACCCAAAAUUCAAAUAUCAGAACAAUGCAAGAUGAAAUUGCAGACUCGUUGAAAAUUAAAUUUCAUAAAAACAGUGAUGCUGGAAGAGCCGAAAAAAUAGUCUCAACAAUAAAACGUAUGCGUAAAAUUCUAGUGAUUUUCGAUGAUGUUCGAGCAAAAUUCAACCCUGAGGAUGUAGGCAUUCCUUGUAAUAGUAAACACUGUAAGAUCCUUUUGACCACAUGUUGCCAACAAGGUAGCGACUUUAUGUAUUGUCAAUGCGAUAUUCAACUUGAUCCGUUAUCUACAGAGGAAUCUUGGACUUUGUUCCAAAAACAUUCAGGUAUUGAUGAUGAGGUUACCCGGAAGUUGGCACGCGAAGUUGCUUUUGAAUGUGAAGGGUUACCCGGAAAAAUUAAAGAUGUGGGAUCUUCUUUAAAAAGUAAACCAAUUGAAGAAUGGAAAGCAACACUAGAUAGUCUGAAACAUUCAAUGGCCAAAUGGCAAAUUUUCCUCAGUUUCAGAGGAGAGGAUACACGCUACAAUUUUACAGGUAAUCUUUAUAAAGCUUUAAUGCAAGGGGGAUUCAAGACCUUCAUGGAUGAUGGAGGACUACAAAUCGGAGACCAAAUUUCACCCUCUCUUCUAGAUGCAAUUGAAGCAUCAAGGCUUUCGAUUAUUGUUUUAUCUGAAAACUAUGCAAAUUCAUCAUGGUGUCUUGACGAACUUGUCAAGAUUAUGGAGUGUAGGAAAUUGAAGAAUCAAAUAGUAUGGCCAAUCUUUUACAAAGUGGAGCCAUCAGACAUAAGGCAUCUGAGAAAAUGUUAUGACAAAGACAUGGCUCAACAUGAAAAUAAUUACGAAAUUAAUUCAGAGAGAGUACAAAAAUGGAAGUCAGCUUUAAUUGAAGUGUCUAAUUUAUCCGGAAAGUCUUAUACAACCAGGAUGUAUGAACAUGAAUUCAUUCAAAAAAUUGUGGAAGAUGUCAAUCGAAUUAAAAGUCGUUUGCAAAUACGAAGCAUAUAGUUAUGGACUCGAAAGAUGUCAACCAUAUUGCAAUUUGUUUAGCACGUCAAGGUUUUUGGAACGCUCUAAAUUGCCCGUCUUUCUAGUGUUUUGUAUGAACAUUAGUUGUUUCUCAAUGAACAUUCUUAAUGUCAUUCUUAAUAUAAGUUGGUACUUCAAUUCAAAA